AUGUCGUCGUCUGGUGAUUACCAGGUCGCUGCCUGUGCGGCUGGCUUCACCAUCGGUUUCGGUUAUCUAACAACAGUCCGAGCCGUUCAUCAAACCAAAGCGAACAAGAAUCCAUGGCGGUCGGCGUACAUCUACAUGAUAUGGGGUGAGAUUUUAGCAAAUCUUAUCCUUGGUGUUCUGUGUUGGCUUUGGCUGAAAGAUAUUGUCCAUAAUGGACCUGCCCUUCUCUUCUUCAUACUCUUUUUCUAUGUCUUCGAGGUUCAGUUCCUCAUGCAAAUCAUCAUCAACCGUAUUUCAAUCAUCUCUGAGCGCAAGGCUACGGCACAGAGAUUGAAGAUCGUAACAGCAGUGGUCAUCUCAUGCAUCAACGCAGCUGUGUUCUGUAUCUUUAUCCCUUCCCACCUCUCACCCCCACCCAGCAUGCAAAAACAGCNNUUUGUACACAUUAACAAAUACUGGGAUCGUUGCUCUAAAAUUCUCAUUAUGCUUGUCGACGCGUUUCUCAACUGGUAUUUCAUCUAUGUCGUCAAGGCUAGACUGGUCAAGCAGCACGGUCUUCGAAAGUAUAAGCCGUUAGUAGCUUACUACACUCGCCUGGGUAUCAUCUCUGUCUGCAUGGACCUCAUGCUUAUUGGCCUGAUGUCUUUACCCAACGGGAUUGUAUUUGUCCAAUUCCACCCUGUCGCAUAUGUAAGUCAGAGUUCGUGUUCUUUUGGCGUGUCAAAUGAUGCUGAUAGAACACACAGANUGGUCAAACUCAACAUCGAGAUGAGCAUGGCAGACAUGAUUAUCAAAGUUGCGCGAAGCAAUGAGCAAGACAUGAACUUCAACUCUUCAUCGCAAGGCACACCCUAUCCCGCAACACUCAACACCCAAAAAUCACAACACAACCACACUUACAACGACAACGAUGCCCACGGAGUUCCAAGAAACGUCACAAAUACCGCAUUCGUCAAUCACAACCGAGGCAAUGAAGACCUCAGGGAGGACAUUCACGGUAUAAAACGACAGACUGAAGUCCAAGUGUACGUGGGUGAUUCGGAGAGUGAGGAUCGCUCAAUCGACCUUGAACAUGGAAAGCCAACUACAAGGGACUUCACCCGCGACCGUGAUGGUUUCGGUGGUGAUAACCGAGCAAGCCAUCAAUCAAAUGACUCGCAGAUACCUAUGCACGACCUGGGCAGUCCUGUUGGUCGUGUGACAUGA